AUGCAGUUCAAAUCACUUGCUUUUCUCCUGCUCUCUGCGACUGCGCUUGCUUCUCCUGAGCCCGCUCAGAAGAGAGAUGAUUUAGAUGAGAUUCCAACUUACAAUCGAACAAGCACAUCUGCCAUCAAUGACAUCACUUCAGCGAUUCCAACGGAUCUUUCGGGCCUGAAGAGCUUGUCUGCAUAUAUUCCACCACCAGGCAUUGCGUCCGUUCUCGCAACAGCUAUCCCCUCUGACGUCCGCGAGAGCAUCCAAGCCAACCCCACUGCUGCUCUUGAAUUCAACAGCGCUCUUUACAGCAGCCUCAAAGCCGGUCAAACUCCAAGCUGGUAUGAGGAUCUUCCAGAUGAUGUGAAGAGCUAUCUCAACAGAAUUGCGCGUAUCACCGGAUCAGACGGCCCUCAGGCCACCGGCGCUGGCGAGCCUGCUCAAACUUCCGACAAUUUUGCUCCCCGAGCCACUGGUGCCAUUGCUGCCAGUGUUGCGGGUGCUGCUGGUCUCCUUGGUCUUGCCUUUGCUUUGUAA